AAAUCUAAUUUCUUUUACAGGACCCAGAUGCUAUACAGUGGGAAAACCAGCCUGGCAACAUAGUGCGUAUUAAUAAAAGGACACCACAUCCUGCCAAAUUCCAGCUGCGCUAAUUGUAUUGUGUUCACAGAGCUCACAAGCUAUCAGAAAGUUGUAUGGCAACCACCUCCGGCGCCAAAUAGAACUGGCAGACAUAGACAUUCAGUACAAGAAGAAAAAGAUGGAAAAUCUUGCACUGGAGUCCGAAAUAAAAAAGAGGACAAUUAGGAAACUGGACCUUGAAAUAAAAAAACUUGAGAGGGAGCUCCAAGAAGAUGACACAGCUGAAAAUAAAAAUUAGGUAUAUUCUCGUAAAGUCAAGUGAGCCAUGACAUAUGAGCUCUUAUUGUGAGCACACAGGACGGUGGCAUCUUUCUAAGGUUUUUUUUAUUUUCCCAGCAAUCAGUACAACCAAGUCAUCGUUAUAAGGCAUCGCCCUCUUUUGCCCACCCCCCCAGCACCAGGUGUGGCCACUAGCCUAUAUGAAGGCCCAAAAUUGUGUGUUCCUUUCUGCUCUGACAAUGGCAUGCCCAUUCGUGCGAGAUGUGGUGGAUGAAGAAGCACUUGUGCUGAGGAGAGCCUUCAGGCGAGAAAGGGUCUUCAGGGACCGGUUGGACCCACUGGCCUUCCCUGAUGACCAUCUAUAUGAAAGAUACAGGUUUUCUGCAGAUGGCAUCAGGUAUCUAUGCAGACUACUGGGUCCCAGGAUUAAGCACCGCACUGCACGGAGCCAUGCGCUGAGUGUGGAGCAAAUGGUUUGUGUGGCCUUGCGCUUUUUUGCUAGUGGAGCCUUCCUGUACUCAGUGGGGGAUGCAGAACAGCUGAACAAGGCCACAAUUUGCCGCACAAUAAGGAGUGUGUGUCUGGCUAUCAAAGCAUUAGCAGAUGUCUUCAUCUCCUUCCCUGGCCACAGAAGACUCUGUGACAUCAAAGAGGAGUUCUAUAGGAUUGCAGGUUUCCCCAAUGUCAUUGGUGCAGUGGACUGCACACACAUAAGGAUAAAAGCCCCCUCAGGUGCCCAUGAGGCCGAUUUUGUGAAUAGGAAAUCCUUUCACAGCAUUAAUGUUCAGAUGGUCUGCAAUGCUGACUGUGUGAUCAGCAAUGUUGUGGCAAAAUGGCCUGGCUCAGUCCAUGACUCCAGAAUCUUUCGGGCCUCUGAAAUCUAUCAGUGCCUAUCACAAGGUGAAUUCUCUGGUGUGUUGCUGGGAGACAGGGGGUAUGGCUGCCAGCCUUUUCUCCUGACACCUUUCACAGACCCCCAGGAAGCACAGCAGGCCUACAACCAUGCCCAUGCCAGGACCAGGGCCAGAGUUGAAAUGACCUUUGGCCUCCUGAAGGCACGCUUUCACUGCCUUCACAAAUUAAGGGUCAGCCCUGUUAGGGCAUGUGAUAUUACUGUGGCUUGUGCUGUCCUCCACAAUGUGGCCUGCCUGAGGAAGGAGAGGGCCCCCAGAGUGCCACCAGCCAUGGACUGGGACAAUCCGGCAAUCUUCCCUGAUGACGACAGUGGUCGGUUGCUGAGGGACCAAUAUGUGUUGAAUUAUUUUAGUUAGUAUGUGUGCUUUCAAUUUUGGUUAAAUAUGUCCUGCGGUGGCAGAGGA